AACCAAGGGUUUAGACAGUCGAAGCCCUAAACCCCAGAGCAUGAGCGUUGGCAUUUUGUGUUCCGCUUCCGCUGAAGUUGCCACUGUCUAUUCUCCGUGUUCAACAAUCAACAAUUGCACUGCCAGCAAGCGAUAGAUCAUGGCGGCACCCGCCACCGAGCACCACAACAAUAUGAUCGCUGAUGUUGGAGACGCAGCAGAGGCCUUAACUGCAGACGAUGGUGCUCCUUUGCACCAGAUUGAGAGCUUGUGCAUGCGCUGUGGGGAGAACGGAAUGACACGGUUGCUCCUCACUCGCAUCCCGCAUUUCCGAGAGGUAGUCUUGAUGGCCUUUGAAUGUCCGCACUGCAACGAAAGGAAUAACGAAGUUCAGUUCGCUGGCCAAUUGCAACCGCAGGGGUGUGCUUUUACACUGACAGUUCCAGCAGGAGAACCAGAGGUCUUGAAUAGGCAGGUUGUGAAGUCCGACGUUGCUACCAUAAAGGUGCCGGAGCUUGAGUUUGAGGUUCCGCCACAAUCACAACGCGGGACACUCUCGACGAUUGAAGGAGUCUUAUCAAAAGCCGUGGAUGAGCUUCGAACUCUACAAGAAGAGCGCAGGAAAGCGGACCCCUCAAUAGCAGAAGCAAUUGAUGCUUUUCUGAUGAAGCUGAAUGCAUGUGCCAAAGGAGAACAAGCCUUCACGUUUGUGAUUGAUGAUCCUUCAGGCAACAGCUACAUUGAGAAUCCGUACGCACCUAAUUCAGACCCCUUGUUGUCAACUGAAUACUACGACCGCACUUCAGAACAACAAGAAGCAUUAGGUUUUCUUGCCCAGUCCACGUCUUCUACAGAGCCCAGUGAAGCUAUUCCAGAGGCUAGGGCAGCAGCUAGUGAUCAUAAAAGGGUGAAGUAUGCACCUGCAGGUACAACUAGGCUUCCUCAUGGUUCUGUGGGCGCGAUAGCAGCACACCAGGCAAUCGCCCAUGGGAACUCUCCUGAAAUCGCAGAGGCACUAUUUAAAUACUCAGCACCUGAGGAGGUGAUGACGUUUCCAUCUACCUGCGGAGCAUGCGGAGUUAAGGCAGAAACUCGCAUGUUUGUAACCAAUAUACCUUACUUUAAGGAGGUCAUUGUUAUGGCCUCGAGUUGUGAUGUAUGCGGAUACAAGAAUUCGGAGUUAAAACCCGGUGGGAGAAUUCCAGAGAAAGGAAAGAAAAUUAGACUCGUUAUCAAAUCUGUGAGGGAUCUUUCUAGGGAUGUUAUUAAGUCGGAUACUGCUAGCGUGGAGAUUCCAGAACUGGAGUUGCAGCUCUCGCCAGGGACUCUGGGUGGCCUGGUUACUACUGUAGAGGGCCUGUUGUCAAACAUUAGUGAAAGUUUGAAGCGGGUGCAUGGGUUUAGCAUUGGUGACAGUGCAGAAGCAUGGAAGAAGAAUAGAUGGCAAGAGUUUGAUUCUCAUUUGCAGAAGUUAUUGAAAGUGGAAGAAGAGUUUACACUAAUUUUGGAUGAUGCUCUCGCAAACUCUUUCAUAGCACCAGCAACCGAUGACUUCGAAGCUGAUUCACAAUUAUCAUCGGAAGAAUAUGAACGUACAUUUGAGCAAAACGAGGAUUUGGGUCUUAAUGACAUGGAUACUUCUGCUGCAGAUGGUGCUUAUGACAAUUAGUAUUUGUUGACUUUGCCAUGCCGUGAAGUUAGACAAAACUAAACUUGAAAAGUAGUAGGCCUUAGAAAUGAUGUGGAGUAGCAGACAAGUUUGAUUAUUCCUUACCUCAUACGUUUGAAAGUUUGUCUGAACUUCAUUGAGUUUAAGUAGGAUUCACAUGCUUUGGAGCCAGCACAUCUAGUGCUUGUUGUGUUAAGUCGUUCAUAUGAAUAACCUUGAUGUGCUGACUCAACUACUUACUAAAGCUUAUUGAUGGUGUAUUCGAGUUA